AAGUUAGCCCUCACGUCCAUCUCCCUUCAUUAAUGGAUAAACCUGUAUAGGUUUAUGUACAGGUCGCUACAUGACACCCCCCGCUGUUCUAUAACGCCUCUCGCGUAAGAAAAUGGAACCAUAAAUUCAUGUGACAAAUUUCACGAGAACAACAUAGUGUACGGGAAUCCUGAUUGAAUGCAGCACUCAAAAAUAUGUCCGUUACAAUUAUCUAUCAAUUCCAGACACUUCAGACGGCAAUCCCCAUUUCUACCUUGAAAAGUAAUCCCAAGUUCAACAUCAAGACGAGUUCACAAAAUUUUCUCAUUUCCGGAGGGAAAAAAAGUUGCGGGCUAAAAUGGUCAAUUCAGAAGCGAAGGAAUGUAAUAAUUAUGAGGGACAAGGGUCAAAACCGGGGGCCUCUAUGGAGAGGAAGGCUCCUUAGCAAUGAAGCAAUUCAAGCAGUACAGGCUCUCAGGAGAGCAAAGAAAGACACCCACAAGCUCGAAAAUGCCUUUCAAACCAAAAUUGCUCGAUUGCUUAAGAAAGACCUUCUGUCCGUGCUAGGCGAGCUUCAAAGGCAAGACCAAUGUGACUUGGCUCUGCAGGUAUUUGAAACAGUGCGCAAGGAAAUGUGGUACAAGCCCAGUUUAUACCUCUAUGCUGACAUGAUAACGAUGUUAGGAAGAAACAAACUGAUUGAAAAUGUGGAGGCGCUUUUGGUAGUGAUGCAACAAGAAGGGCUAAGACCUGAUACAAGGGUUUGCACAGAGAUAAUAGGAUCUUUUUUACAAGUUGGAAUGGUUGACAGUGCAAUGAAAACAUUUGAAUUGAUGAAGCAGACAGAAUGCCACCCAGACAAGUCAACAUUUACAGUGCUGUUCAAAGGCCUCAAAGGACUAGGGGAGCUAGAACUUUCUGAUGCUGUAAAGGAAGAGUGUGUGCAAUAUUUGGGUGAGCCCUUGGAGGUUAUUGAAGACGAUGCGGAGGAAGUUGUGACUACAAUAUUGCCGAGCUAGGGUCAGUUUCCUUUGCAAGAAUGGUUGUAGACCAAGACACACAAGUCUGCCAUGUGUUGGUGCAAGCUCAUGGCGAAGGAACGGAUGCAUUCAUUGAUGCAGCAGUCAUAACAAUUAUGUUAGCAGUAUCAUUGUUGACUUGCAAAUGUACUACAUUAUCGUUGUGUAAUAACUUUGAAAUAUUAAGAAGCAUUCCUUUAGCUCCAGUUUCUUCA